GAAGCGAGGCAGGGAGGGCUCUUGCCAGCGCAGAUUCCAUCUCCUCUCCGGGCGCCCGGGUGCCCGUCGUGCGCUGCCGCUCACUCCUGCACACAGCGGAGCUGUGGCUAAUCAUAAACACAUCAGCAUUUCUCUCCCAUCCCUUCUCAUCACCCUGUGCUCCAAGAAGAAGAAGAAGAAGCAGAGAGAGGUCCGGGGCUGCGGGUGAGCGUGUCUUUGUGGCACCGCUGGCUGGGCGGGCUGACAGAGGCGGCAUUGUUGGCGGGCUGUGCCCGCCUGGCAGCCGCGGAAGGUGCGAUCCGCGCCCUGCAUACGGAAUCGGGGAGCGGCCGGGACAGGGCCAGCGGCUCCGAGAGCUGCUUUAAUGCCCGGAGCCAGUUUUAGAGCUCUGCUCCAACAGCUUCUCCUGGGAUCUUCUUCUGCACAGUGCAAAGAGGGUCUAGGAUGAGGAGUCCUUGUUAAUCAAAGCCCAGAAGCUUUUGCUUCAUCACUGGGAGAGCCUGUAUGAAGAACUGUGUGGAUGAAGUUAUAAGAAACAGAAGGUGCAUGCAGCACAGAUGUCAGUCUUCUUCAAGGAGUAACUUCUUCAACCCCAAGUGAUACCAGCUCCUGCUAGUACCAUGGGGCUAGAGGGUGUUUUUUUAGGCACUGGACAGAUCCAAGUAAUCCUGUGGGGAAGUUUGGCAGCCAUGACAACACUCUUGUUCCUCACCUUCCUCAUCUUCCUUUGCUCCAGCUGCAAUGGGGAAAAGAAGGCCAAAAAUCAGAAUGGAGAUCAUGAAAAUCUGAUGAAUGUGCCUUCCGAGAAGGAGGUGUUCAGCCAUUCCAUCACGAGUUCCGUCACGGAGCCUCCCCCGAACAGCGAACAGAACGGGGCCCUCAGCAAUGGAGAUGUUCUUUCUGAGGACAGUACAGCUGCCUGUAUCCAGCCUUAUGAAGAAGUACAGACAUCUGAUCUCCUAGAUCAACAGGAUAGUCUUGGAAAGUCUAUAAAAUGUCACCAGAGCCGGGAAUUACCCAGCAUUCCCCCUAACAACCCCAUGGAAACUAUAAUCUCAUCUAGAAAUGCAGAAAAUGAUCAAGGUCUUGGAAUGGAAGGGCCUUACGAAGUCUUGAAAGACAGCUCCUCUCAGGAGAACAUAGUUGAAGACUGCUUGUAUGAAACUGUGAAGGAAAUUAAAGAUGUUGGAGCAGUAGUCAGCAUGGAAGGGAACCCUAACAGCAAAUCAAAGGCUUCACUGACAGUUUCUGAAGGUCAGAACCAGAUUCCUGAGUGCAGAAUUGAGUCAGCAGAAUACGCAUCUGUUGACCGAAACAAGAAGAGUCGCCAAAGUGCAAAUUCAGAAAGCCCUCUUGACAACAUACCAGAUGUAGAGGAUGAGCUUCCCCCUCCAGUACCCAUGAAACUUCUUGAUGAAAAUGAAAAUGUGCAAGAAAAAGAAGUGGAAGAAGAAGUGACAGAAGGAGCAAGUAAACCAGAAAAGAGGCUUAGUUCAGUGUCUUACAAGUCUCGAGAGGAAGAUCCAUCUCUUACAGAAGAUGAGAUCUCAGCCAUGUACUCAUCGGUGAGUAAGCCGGGACAGGCCAUCAAGGCACUGGAUUCUCCUUACACCUGCAUUCAAGAAAUUGCAUCCCAGAGGUCCCCCUCCAUUUGCAGUGGCCUCUAUGCAAGUGUGAAGGACUUUGAAAACGCCCUCAAUCCCACCACUGUGCCUCAGCCAGCGGACAGACCAAACGGGGAGCUGGAGCCGGACUAUGAAGCUAUCCAGUCAGUGAGCCAGGAGGAGGACAGGACCUUGGCAGUGCCUAACACAAACCACACUGCUCUUUCAGGAGAGAGCGACUACGAGAGCAUAGGGGACUUGCAGCACCACAGGGAAUUCACCAGACUUUAACCACUCUGGCAGCAGAUUUCCCUGCCGUUCUUUUCAAAGGACAAUGAAACAUGGAGAGGGAAAUGCUUUUCCUAUGGAGCACAAGUUGUGAAGAAGCAAUGUACGUUUCAGCCAGGGUGUGAUACCUGCUGGUUUUUCUGGGUGGUGGAUCAAGGCUCAUGGGAAAGGGUACGUCAGGUCAGAAAGAUGACCAGGAAAAUGUAAAGGUUUCUUUAUUGUUAUUAGCUCCAAGGCAAACGUAAUUUGGGAAGGAGUGCCAUGCUUGUUGUCCUGAUAGGAUUGUGUACCAAAAAGACUACCUUUACACAAAACUAGCUUCUCGUUUUAAGAGAUCAUUUCAUGUAAUUUUCCUCAAAGUGUUUUUCGAGCAUAAUUUUUCAUUCAAGUUUUGGCAUCUGCAAUUUUGAGCAAACCACGGAUAACUGUACCUCAACUCAGACUUACUCUGCAGGGCUGGGGAAGAUGCACUCACUUCUAUGUCCUUUGGGGAGCUCUGUCCACCUUCACUGCAACUAAAGUGCAAACAACAGUAGUGCACAAGGGACUGACUCCAAAUGUACUUGAAUUAAUUCUGCUGGCUUUUUCUUUUCUUUUUUCUUUCCUUUUUUUUUUUUUUUUUUUUUAAUGUCAAGGGCUGUAGAAUGUGACUUGCAGUAUUUGAGAUGUGUACUGGUAUUUGUAGGGGUUUUGUCUGAUUAUUUGUGAAAUAUCCCUUUAAAAUGGCAACGGUCACCCUUAGCAUUCUUGCACUGUUUCCCUGAAAUGGACAGAAACACCUACACAUACACACACACCCCAGACCAUAGAUAGUCAUGUUGCAAAAAUUGUGCAAUUGAAUGCCUUGGCAUAAUAUGUAGUCUAACCUUUGUAGUGUUGCGUAAAUUUUUUUUGCAGAAUUUUGCCCAUUUUAAAGACUUAACUAUUUUAAUGUUUGUCUAGUUUCUUAUCUAGGAAAAAUUAUGUACUGUGUUGAGUGGGUAAUACUUUUUUUUUUGGCAACAUAUUUUUCAUCUUCAAAGUUUCUGUAUAUUAAUUUACUGGGGUUUGUAACAGGAGGAAUCCCAUUCUUUAUUUGGGCUUGGUUUUUAAAUUUUUUUUCCUAUUUCAAAAGUAGAUAAAUGAAAAUUGCUUUGGGGUUGUUUUGUUGACUUUUUCUGUCUCCUUGAGCAGGGAAAUGGAACAUGCCUUGCUGAUUUUAAGCUAAAAUCAUGGAGUCUAUGUAAAAGAACACUGCCAAAGGGCAAAAAAGAGGCAAAAGAGACAGUGGGAUUUAGUCAGGCAUAGCCACUGGUCCUCCUUGUUCUUCUGCUAAAAGGAGCAGGAGGGCAACUAAGACCUACUUGGGCCUCUGAAAAACAGUUCGAAAGCCACUGGCUUUUCAAAAAUGCUGAGUUAUUCUGUUACUGUGAAAAACAAAGUACAGUGCUUGGAUGAAAUAAGCAGGUACUGAUUGGUACCUUUUUUCUUCAAGAAUAAUACAAUAAAUAGUACAAUGGUACAAGAGUAGUCCAACAGUAAAGAACUAGCAUUGUGUGACAUGCAUGUGCACAUAUCCCCAUGUAUAUAAGCAUACACUUGUAAUUUGGACACAAGUAUAAGUUAUAGUCCAAGUUGGCAACAUUCACAUACGUAAUAUCUGGCAUGUGCUUGAAGAGCAGUUUAUUUUUAAUUCAAAAUAAACAGUACAUAAACUGAGGUUGGCUUAUUCUGUAGUAAACAAAACAGGUCUACUUUCAUCUCAAUUGGUACUGGGUUUUGAAGGUUGAACCCUUCUCAGAUCCUUAGUCAGUUCUCACCAUGACUUGGUACUGUAAAGAAGAAACCUAGAUCUGGUUACACACAUUUAUUAGAAAUAGCUUCAUAACUGAGAGAAGUGUGCUGAUUUACAGGCUUUGCCUGCAAGUAGUACAGCUCUGAGGAGCAGUGCAGCUGUGCAGUCAGCCUCUGCCCACGGGGUGGUUCAAACUUUGUGGAUCCUGACCUCAAGGGACAGCGCAGCACACUCGAUCUCCGACUCUCUUCCUUGGAGGAGAAGCAGUUCAGACCACUCUACAUCCAUCCUGUUCUUGACCACGCUGCCGUGUUUUGACAGCUGCAGCAAACCCUUUGCUUCCACUUCAGUGCUUUUUAAGGAUGACUGUGGUUCUGCUUUCUGGAGCUUUUCCCUUUAUAAAAGUUUUAGUUUCUGUUUCCUUGAAUGUGAAUUCAUGAAGUUCACCUUUGAAUGUUCUCUCCUUCUACUUCACACUGUUUAAGGCCAAAGAUAAGAUGCACCAUUUUUCAGAAUAUUUGUCAUGCUGGAGAAUUUCUUUAGUCUUUAACUAUGUGUUUGCUGUCUGUUCCUUGCUCAGGGGUACCAGUUAUAUAUAUAGUCCUCAGUCUGACUCCUGCAGUUUAGUGGCAGGCAUACCUCAACUCCUGAUAUUCCCAAAAGCAUCCCAAGGCGUAGUUAUCCCUCUACAUGGAUGACUGCUUUUGGAGAAAAAGUAGGAACAUGAGGUUUGCCAGGUUCACUAGAUUCAAUUUCAAGACCAAUUCAAAGAUAUCUUGAGAUAAUGUCAAUUGAUAGCAAAGAACAGCACUGAAUUCUUGAUUGUAAAAUUUUAAGGUGCAAAAGAAGAAAAGCAAACAUCACUCUAGAAAUACCCCCUUGAGACCAGCAGGUCAAAGGAUGGUGGAGGACUGUCCAGUCAUUCUGUUGUCUUUCACAGCCAGAUCAGAAAUGUUGCUUUGUAGGAAGGGACACAAGUCCUUCCAUCCUUUCUUUCCUCUGUUCUGACAACUGUUCCUGAGAUCCCCUAGGCUUCCCUUUUACACAGUGAAAGAAAAAUUUUCCUCCACCUCUCUUCUUUCUUUGGUUUCUGUUUUUAACCUGUCUCAUCCAGCCUUGCACAGGGAGCUGGUACCAUGUCUGCAGUGCUGUGCUGUGGCACUUUCCUUCCUCUUUCAAUUACUUUCAGGCUGGUCACCACCUUUUAAUGGUUCAUCAGACCUCAGUCUCAUGGAGAAGCAAUUCACACUUUGGAUUACUGCUUUCAGGAUGUGUACCUGCCCUCAGCCUUGAGACCCCACGCACUGGACUUAAAAGCUGAAAAAAAUAAUUACCCUCCUGAACAAGGAUGUAUGGGGGAGUUCAUAACUCCCCUGCAAUCUCCAUUAUGUAGUUUAAUGCUAAAUUAAAAUGGUUUAGAAUUCAGUCCAAGGUUGGUAAGUGAGUAUUAACAUUUCUUCAAAAAGAAUCAAGGUUCUGGUUUAGUUCCCUCUUCCCAGAAGUAAUACCUGUUCCUUUGUGGCAGUUGUCAAUGCUUCCUUUUCAUUAUUAUAUUUGAUAGAAAGAUUUUUCCAGCAGUAAUCCCCAAAGAGAUUUAUCUGACUGUAAAGAAAAGGGAGUCUCUUCUACUUGUCUCUUUGCUCUUUUUAACUCUUUCACCAUAUCCCUAAAUAAAAUAUCAAUAUCCAAAAUGAAGUGUUUGUUACCUGGUGAUGUUUUCUGGGGAAGAUUCACAGUCUAUUUCUUUGCCUCCUUUUUUUGGCACAACUGUACAAUAAGAUCUCACAUCAAAUUGCCACAGUAAGGCAAACAGAAGCUGUAAUGUGUAUAUAACUGCACUAGUGAAAAGGUCUUUUUUAUUUCCCUCUGGGAACUGGUAGAAAAUAGGAAAUGCAGUUCAGACAUCUCUUCUAUGAAUCUUCCAUGAGAGUUGUUCUUACCACAUACCUAAACCAGUGCUAAUCCAAUAUGUAAACCAGUCAUCCUGUUCUACCAUGAGUGUAGAAUAACUUUCUCAGUCAGAGAGAGAAGUAAAUUCUUUGCAGACACCUGUAGCAUGGGCAUGUACAUAAUUAUCACAGUUAGAUCAGUUGUAGUGCCUUUUCUACAAAGUAGCUAAUACUUCCAUACUCUUUUCCAUACUGUAUAUGUUUAACUAAAAAGUACAGAGGGACAACCCCAAUGUUUACUUGUCCCAACUUGGAAACAUCUUUAUAGAGACACAUUUAAUGAUAACUCAGUUAACUAGACUUCAGUUAGUCCUACAAUAGCAAUAGUCACUCACAAACAUCCACUAAAAAGCCCAGUAAUGUAGCUAUGAAGACCAAGCUUUGCAAUAAGAAUUAUCAGUCUUCUUUUGAAGAACCUAGCUUUUGCAAUAGUGAGCAUUCAGGGAGGUGGUGUUCAUGUCAACUGUGAACAAUUUGUUGCUUCAGUCUUUCUAUUCAUAUAAAUUGCAGGCUUGCUUACAUGUAGCAGGAUCCAUGGAGUGAGGGAUGAGUAGGUGUGGGGAUUCAUAUUCAUGAGUAACCCAGAGCUGGGUCAUCCCCAUAGUUUCAACUGGCUGAUGACCAGCUGCCUUUUCUCCAAGCCCUCAUCUAUCGUGCCUUCAAGGAAUCCAUCCUGUGGGGCUGCAUGCUUCUCCAUGGCUCCCUGAACAGCUCCUGUCCGCUGGUUUGAACACAAUUCCACGUACACGGUGCUCUCAUUCAACCUUUCAAUGGUGCUUUUAUAAGAUGCUGGAUAAAUGGUUUGCAUGUGUAAAGCUGUGACACAGAGUGCUCUCUCUGGUAUUGUCUGCUUUCCAGAACUUCAUGUUAACUGUGCUCCUCUUGACUACAAGAGCUGACAGUGCUGCCCUGUCUCUUGCUCAUCUGGCUGCAGCCAGGGUGGAGUCACCCCAUGUGACAGUACUGCCUAGGCUGGGACACGGGUGUUUAAAAGCAGCCACUCAGGCCAGGUGACUUGGCUUGGAAGCAGCUAGAGACAGGACUCUCAUCUGUGCACUGUGGGACUGGAAACAUCAUACCCCAGCUCAAGGACUUUAUUUCUGUCUCCUAUUGUGCAUAUACAUUUGUUUUCCACGUGACUGUAAGAAAUCUGUUUCUGUAUCAAACAUUUUGAUUUAGACCACACUUCAGUGAGGGGCUCUUGCUCUUAGGCAAAUAAUCAGUUCUUUCAAAUGAGUUCUAUUUUUUCAGGUUGAAGUAUGCCUGAAUAAGGCUUUUACAUGCCUCACAAGUAAUUUGGUGUGGUAGUCUGCUGCAAAACAGAAGAUUGCAGAAAGAUGCUUAGCCUGACAGAUGCUCCUUUGGUGGUGUGCUGAAGACUUUCAAGGGCAGGUCUCUUCCUGGGAGCAGGGAACAUAACUACUGUUAAUACAAUUUCAUAUCCUGGUGCUAAAGUUGAUUUGUAGCAUCUCCUCUGGGAGGGUGGUGGCUGAAGUCAUUGCCAGAGCAGAUCUCAGCCUCAGAAAAGAACAUAUAUAUAUAAUAUAUAUGCCUUGCUGCUGGCAAGCAACAUGUGUUCAGGAUUAUGAUAAAGAUAAAUGCUGCAAAUGGAACAUCACAGAGCUAAAAAUACAGGGUUCCCUUUCUUCAAGGAGAGAGAACCACCCUUGGCUGGCCAGCAUAAAAUAUCCCAGGCUUACAGAACUUGUUAAACAAAUUAAUUGCCUGUGUGGUGAUUUUCCAGGAGUGCAUUAGGAUAUCACAUACAGUAGGCACCGUUCUUUUCUCCCGAACAGCAGAAAAAUGACAACUUAUUUGUAAUACAAGGUUCCCAUUGAUUAACUGAUAAAACUUAAUUUACAUAUAAUCCAAAGUUCAGUAAGAGUGUCUACACAAUGUAGAUAUAUUUUAACUCUGGCACCCCAAUUUCCAUAGAUAUGCACAGAUUAUCUUUGCAUUACAAACCCAUUGGUCUGUGCCCAGUCUAUGGGAAAUAUAAAUCUUACAGUUCAGUUUUUACAAGCUGUGAGGUUUUGUUUCUGGAGGCCUUUAGUUUUAAAGUGGCCAGAAGGACAGUCACUACAAAUAUGAUAGCAAAGUGCCUACAAAGAUGGAUGUUUCUAUAAAGGCAAAGAUGCUCACUGUCACUGCACAGCCACUUGACUACUGUAUGUGGUGCUCUCUUGCCAUACACAUUCCUAAAUACUGGCUUUGAUUUGUGGUGUUCGUUUAUUGUUAUAAUAGCACAGUCUAACAAGGGUUUGGUCUCUGCAAAUGCAUUGGCUAAUUUUAACUAGCAUGUGUUUGUACAGAAAAUACAAAAUGAAUUUUUUUUUCAUUUAGAAAGUAGGUAUGUUAUUUCCUAUAGUUUAUGAUAAUGCUACAAUUAGAUUAUUCAUAAGGUAUGUUAGUAACUUGACUUCAGAAUGAUUCAUUUGAGGUUUCAGAAUGCCUCCUGUUCACUACAAGACAAUAUAACCAACUCUUGUCCUUUUAAUCUUGCUAUAAUGAGGAAGGGGGCUUAAACAUUACAAAUCUUAUUACUAUAAAAUAAAAAGAGACAGUUCUGAUGCUUUCAAUUCCUAAUGUCUAAAAAGAGAACAAUUUUAACUCAUAUUUUAACUUUCAGCAUAGGUGGGAUUUGGACUACCCUCUUAUUUAUGGAACUGCUCUUCCCCACUAUGUUCAUCUGUCAUCACCUGAGUAUCUCUUUUGUCCUUAGUGAAAUAUUACAGUUGUACAGAGGGCACAGAAACUGCAUCACAUUAACACUCCUGAAUGGGACCUUUUCAAUGUGCCUGUGAGAUUAAGAAGCCUGGACUUCAGUCUGAUGUUUUGAGGCAAUUGCAUCCUGUCUGGAGGACUUCUGUGGAGGUCUUCACUUUCUUUCCAGGCAAGCAAUUCUGUAUUUUCCAAGCAUUCACAUGACACAUGUUAAGAUGUGAAUUAUCACAAUGUUUAAAUGCAUUAUUGAAGAGACAUCUAAGAGCACAAGAACCUUCUUUCUCACAUGUCUGAGGAUACUAGAAGUUGCUCUUUGUAUCUUAGACUGAGAAAGGUCACAUAACCAGUGUCCUCAGAACAUCCUACCAGCAGAUCUUUGAAAUGAGCCACUGUGGUGGCUCCUGAGUUUCUGCAUGUAUGUACCAACUUCACAAUUUCCAGCAGGGUUCAUCUCAUCAUCUCAUCUCAUCUCAUCUCAUCUCAUCUCAUCUCAUCUCAUCUCAUCUCAUCUCAUCUCAUCUCCAUCUCACCUCAUCUCUGUGGCAUGACUACUUAGCAAUGGCCCUUUGCUUCACAGCCCCAACCCCUUUAACUUAAGGAGGGGGAUGUGAGCUGCUUCUCCUCAGUCUGACCAGUCUUUCUAGAUGAAAGUGUGCUAAGAUCCCACCUUCAGAACCACAAAAGAGCAUUCACUGUCAGGGUAAGACAGGUACAGCCCACAGCAGCAGCUAGGAAAAAAGGUAAAGUAACAAUAGUUAAAUUUCAUUUGCACUUCCCCCUUUCCACAGACAACCUGUUUUGAAAGAUUUUUGAAGUAGAAAAGGUUACAAUAAAGGGAGGAGUUGCUGAGAGUCUCACAAGAGAUGGAUAACAUUGUUUAUUCUCCUCAGUUUUCCCUAUAUAGAGAGAGGCAGGACCAAGUCAUCACCACCCAACCAUGAUGCAGCUGGAUUAUCUUUUAUCAAGCCUCCAUAUCAACAGAAUGGAAAUGAAUAAAUUCUAAAUACAUGUUUUUGUUCUCUUAGAAACCCAACAUGGACAAAUGUAAAUGCACUAAAGUAAGCACCAUGUGUAGAUCUGGACUUGCAUCAUAUGGGUUUUUUAGCAAAAAACAAAACCCAAAUGAACAAAAAACCCAACUCUAAUUGGAUUACUUUAUUUAAAUAGAAUUCUUUGCAUGAGCCAAGGCUGCAGGAUUGGGCCCUAAGAGUUUAGAAGUUUGGUUUAGUGAUAGGUACUUUUGUUUGUUUUUUCAGUGAAAUGUAUUUUCUUUUUUUUAUAUUAGUGAGUUGAUAUGACUUCCAUAAAAACAACAAAAAAUAGUCAGUUAUAGGGAUAAUUAUGUCUAAUAGCUAAUUAUUAAAAUCGUGCCUCAGUAAGAGUCACUUAAAAUUGGGUGCUAUAUGA